CUCUGAUGUAAGAAAAAUAAAAUCCAUAACUCAUUGAUGUUAUUCAAUUUUAGUGCUGAAAGCUUACGAAAAAUUCUAUCAUUGUUCCAUUUAAAUACCAUGAUAAAAAUACAUUUUUUCAUACUUAUAGGAGUAUUUUCAUUAUCUCAAUCAAAAAACCGUUUUAUGCCAAAUUUGCCUUUGGGAAAAUACCGAAUGGCGUUUAGUAAAAUAUAUCAUUGUGAAACAACAAAAAACCAAUUAUUUCAAUUUAAUUUAUAUCAUAGUAAAAAGACAUCAAAUAUAACUGAGAUGAAAGGGAAUAUAACAACUUUGAUAAAUUAUGACGAUACCCUAACACUUGAUAUAAACUUUUCAUCUUGGGGUUCAACUGGUGGUUGGGUACCAAAUGCAUUAAUUUUCAAUACAAAAGAAGCAUGUAGUAAAGCCAAAAUUCUUUUAGGAAAUGCAUGGCUUACUAUUAUGAGGGGUUUUAACGUUUCAACUGUUGGCUGUCCAGUACCAGCGGGCACAUAUAUUACAUCAGGGAUUGACUUGACGAAAUUUGAAGAUAAUAACUUUCCCAAAGUGUAUUUUUAUGGAAAAUAUAAAGUUGUGUUUCGCUUCAUAAGUAAAGAAAAUAAAGAAGUUGCUUGUGAAGUUAUGGAGAUCCAUUUUAAUCGACCGUGGGAAACUGCAACUUGAUUCAAUCAUACAAAAUAAUGAUAGGUGAUUGAAAAAUAAAAUUGUAAAACUUUAUGCAAAUUAUCUAAUUUCAUUAGACAAAAAAACUCAUUAUACUUAGCUAAAGGUAGUUAUAUUAAUAAAAACAUUAACAUAAACCAGGGUUGGGACGUAUAUUGUACUUAAAUGUAUAACAAAAAAUGUAUUAUAUAAUAUACGUA